CGUUCCGUAGCUUCAAGACAUAAUCUUCUUCCUUUUUUCAAAAUACUCGACGCGCACUACUUACCAAAUCCUUUGAAAAUUCAUAAACCAGUCCCCGCCAUCAUUUCACCUCCAUCAAUUCUCCACGCCGUUCAUUUCACGCGCCGGAAUAUUUCUUCCCCAUUCGGUCGUGCGUUACACUUCCCAUAGUAACGUGUAAACUUCGUACGACCCUUCCGAUGCUGUCCUUACGCGUCAUAUAACACGCUGCGGCCACGAUCAUCGUUUCAGCCGUACACCUGUAACUUGACGACGUCCAGAGGCGGUGAAUUCUAGACACCGGCUGGUAUUUUUCUUCUCGACAACGGAGCCAGAUCUGGCCGGAAGUUUGGUUUCUCCGACCUGCAAACCCUAACGUUUUCUGCCGUUCGACCUCUUUUUUCGAUACGGUGAUAUUGGAUCGUUUGUGAACCCUAGAAAUCGGUUUGUUUGAUUUAUAUAUAAAUUUUGUUUGGUUUAAUUUGGUGAACGGCGUCGGCGUCGGCGUUUAAUUUCUUGGAGAUUUGAGUUUCUUGGGGUGCUUUGUUUUAUUAUUAUUUUUAUUUUUUUGUUUGGGUGAAGAGAAACCCUAGAUACGGAUAUUUUGAAUUUCUGAGGAUAGAAAGAGGGUUUUAGGGUUUUGGGUAUUUUGAUUAUUUGUAUGGCUUCAGCGCCUAUAGCUGGAGGAGAAGAUGAAGGUAGAAUUAAUCAGAGGUAUUCAGAGUAUAAGGUUUACAGAAGGAAAACGUUCAGAGGUGUGAAGAACCAGGAUACGGCUAGUGUUACCCCCAGCAUCACUGUAUCUACCACCACCACCGACAAGGAUCCGAUCAUUAGGAAUGGGAAUACCAUCGCUGCCACACUCAGCAACGUUAAAGACUUCAAUAACAAUUCAGACCAGGCAGUGCCGCAUUCAUCAGAACCAUCAGAAGAUGCCAAUCUGUCUCAGCAGCAGCCUUUACCGAUCGCUGCCUCUGACGGUGAGGAUUUGACGAGGCUUGAUGGACAGGCAUCUGUUGGGCCGACUGUGGAGGCUACUCAGGACCUGCCUUCUGUUAAUGGCGGGGUUAUUAAGACGGGUUUCGACGAUCAGAAUCGGGUUGACAGUGCAUCAAAGCCGAAACAGGAAAUGCAAGAGCUUCGGCGGAAAUUUGAGAGUGAGCUUGACAUUGUGAGAAAUUUGGUUAAGAGGAUUGAAGCCAUACAGGGCCAGUUAAAUAAUGGGCAUAGCCAUUCUUACGUUUCAACAAUGGAAAUAGCUGAUAUUGGUCGUGCAGCAUAUCCUGUACAUUCGGAAGUUGGUUCUGUUGGUGUUCCUACGGAUAAUUCCAGGAUACUGCGUCAGUUAAGCUUAUCGGGUCUGGAGAAUGGUAAAGGGGUGCAUGAUUUCAUGGAAAGGGAGAAGAGGACACCGAAAGCAAAUCAGUUUUAUAGAAAUUCAGAAUUCUUGCUUGCAAAAGAUAGGAUUCCUCCAGCUGAGAGCAAUAAGAAGUCUAAAUUAAAUGGCAAAAAGCGGAGUAGACAAAGAUUUAAUCAUGGUUUUGGUAUGGGUACUAAGACCUUCAAUGCUUGUGUUUCUCUUCUUGAGAAAUUGAUGAAGCACAAGCAUGGUUGGGUGUUUAAUACUCCAGUCGAUGUAGAGGGACUUUGUUUGCACGAUUAUUAUAGCAUUAUCAGACAUCCAAUGGACCUGGGUACUGUGAAAACGAGGCUAAACAAGAACUGGUAUAAGUCCCCAAAAGAAUUUGCAGAGGACGUGAGACUUACUUUUCACAAUGCCAUGACUUAUAAUCCAAAAGGGCAAGACGUACACAUAAUGGCGGAACAGUUACUGAAAAUCUUUGAGGACCGGUGGGUCGUAAUUGAAUCAAAUUAUUAUCAGGAGAUGAGAUUGGGAAUGGAAUUUGGGGCUACUCUUACAUCUUCUAAUUCAGGCAGAGGCCAUCCCAGACCAGUUCCUCUUGACAUGAGAAAGAUUCUGCGAAGGUCAGAGUCAUUGAUAAACCCAGCCGAUUCCAAAAUGCAACCAAUGAGUGUGACUCCAUCAGCACGGACACCUUCACUGAAGAAACCUAAGGCAAAAGAUGUCUUCAAAAGGGAUAUGACUUACAAUGAAAAGAAAAAGCUCAGUACGAACCUUCAGAAUUUGCCCUCUGAGAAGCUAGAUGCCAUUCUACAGAUAAUAAAAAAGAGAAACUUUGAACUUCUCCAACAAGAUGAUGAAAUAGAAGUGGACAUAGAUAGUGUUGAUACCGAAACUCUGUGGGAGCUUGAUAGACUUGUUACGAAUUACAGGAAGAGUUUGAGCAAGAAUAAGAGGAAGGCUGAACUCGCCCUUUUGAAGGCUCGAGCAGAAGCCGAGCGUAAUGACCAAGAGAAGGGCCCAAAUGGUUCGAGGUUACUCAGAGAAACUAGAGCGGAUGAAAAUAGUCUUUCCUCUUCCUCACCCACCCGAAGGAAUCAUUCGAGUAAGUCCAGUAGCUCAAGUAGCUCUAGCAGCGAUUCUGGAUCUUCUUCUAGUGAUUCUGAUAGUGACAGCUCUUCAGCAUCAGGAUCUGAUGCAGGAUCACCAAUGCAUUGAUUUUCUAUUCAGGUUGAAUAACGCUUGCUCAAGAUAUUUAUGGAUUCUGCAAUUGGUGUACAGUGAAGACAUUCCAAAGGGCCAUCGAGUAGUCCUGUUUUGAAAGCCAACCUUUUGGUGGACGAUUAGAUGGUAGUAGAUGUAGUUGUAAUAAUUUUGUAACAUAUGGAUAGAGUUUUGAUUAGAAAUUAGAUGUUUGUAGUUUUGUCGUACAGAAUAUGCAUAUUGCUUCCAUUACUCAUGCAGAUCUCAGCAUGUGACAUUCUACACCUUUUGUUUUUCUAGCAGAAUUGUAGUUACCUUCAAGAGUUUUGAACUGUCAAAUCUCUGCAGCAUUUGUAGUUUUUUCAUUUUUAAGAAAAUAAAAGCCUCGAAGCAAUAUGAUGAUAACACAGAAAAUGUGUUACAAGUUUUAUUUGUUUUUGUG